AUGAAGCAAGCCAAAAAUUCACUACAGGGGUCAUUACCAGAUAGAUCUCCAACCACCACCACCACAGCCUCUGAAUCCAAAACAAAACCAACCAAAGCACCAGUUCCCAAAAAACCUUUAAAUCAGUCCGAAUCAAAACUAAUACACCUUUACAAUUUAGCUCAUUCCAAGAUAGAUUCACCUUUUUCAAAACUAUAUUCACUACUAUAUCAUAAACAAGAAGAACAACAAACACAAACAUUACCUGAUUCUGUAUUAAAGAAGUUUUGCUUGAAAUGUGGCAAUUUAUUUAUUCCCGGAUUAACAGUAUCUAUACGUGUUGUUUACACUAAACAGAAGAUACGGAAAUUGAGAACCAGAUGUUUAGCAUGUCGACAUUCCGUAUUCGAUGAUGGCUUGAUUCAAAAGCAAGAAAAAGUAGAACCAAUUGUAAAACCUGCAGUUGUUCAAUCUACCAAUGAAGAAAAUAAUGUAAACAAUUCAAAAUCAAAGGAAAGACGCAAAAAGAGAAAAAUGAAUAGUUUGAGUAAUUUGCUACAGGAUAAGAAGAAGAAGAAAACUGAGGAAUCAAAGUUAAAUUCAUUAGAUUUGAUGGAGUUUUUGAAAUAA